GACUCUUAGUUGCCAUGAAACAGGGCUGCUAAACAAAUUCACUCGCUUACAGUGAAGGAUCUAGACAGGGAACUUUGUACCUAGCAAUUUCCUGGUUAGAGUUUUAUGAAGCUGCAAAUAACCAAGAUCAUAUUUCUCAUCCAUUACAGCAGUGUGUGUGUGUGUGUGUGUGUGUGUGUGUGUGUUGAUUGUCAGCUGGGAGGGGUGAGUCUCUCAUACACUCAGAGUUUACUCACAUUCUCUUCCAUUUAAUGAAUGUGUGCCAAAGGCGACAAAGUCAUACGAGGCUUUAAUCCUUACUUUGCAGUGCUUCAGAAGACCACCGGGCAACAACCGGAACACAAUGUUGUGUGACUGCGCGCUGCUCGGCGACCUUCGAGUACCGGACGGUGGAUUUGGACUGUGUGUCCGAGCCGAUCAGAACUAUGAUCGUCUUGGGUCCUCCUAAAGCCUCAUAGAGACGACAUAGCGAAGGAUAUAAUCUAUAGGAUUUUGUUCUAACCAGUUUCGAUUAAGUCUCUCUCGAAUACGAGAGCGAAACUGUUGCGCAAUGAAGUUGACGGGGUGGAUAGUCCAGCUGCUCCUAUUGGCCAGCGGAUGUGUGUGUUCACUGGAACGAGUCACACACAACCCAGAAAACAACGUCAUCUGUCCUCAGGCUCUAAACUGCAGUAUGAGAGAUACAGACCCUAUCACACCACUUGAUGUGGUCUUUGGUCCUGUGUAUGUGUGUUCUUUGGCUGUGAAGCCAAAAUUGUGCUGCCAAGGGAAGGACUGCAAACCGUGUUUGUGGAUCAGCAUCCAGCUGAGUAUUGUUCCAGAUCUCAAAGAUGAGAAGGACAGAGAUACUGAGAGAUCAGAAUUUGAAGAGGAGAGCAGUGGGCACUGGAAUUCAGGAUGUGUUUCCAUACCAGAUGACACAUCAGAAGGUCAAAGUAAAGAAUAUUCUCUCUUUGAAGACCAGCUAGAUCAAGCUACUAUUACAAUAUGCUACCAACCAGCAGAGGGGCAGCAAGAGUGGUGCAAGAGAGUAGACUUCACAGCAAGUCGUAAACUUCUCAUUCUGACUCUGGUGGAGUAUAAAGAUGUCACCUUUGGCAGAACAAUGAAGAUCACUGUUGGAUCAUUCGCUAAGACACCUGAAGUUGAAAUUAAUGAAUUCCCUACAUUAAAAACAGUGUGUUCCUUACCAGAUCUAAAAGACUUAAAGCAGUGUAAAGGUCCCAGGGUCUACAUUAAAAAAGAGAAGAGAGUGGUUAAGGUGUUAUUAGAUGAUGAGGAUCAAAGAGCUUCUGAAGGCCUGUCCCUGUGUAUGAAACGUGGAAGAGAAGGAAGAUGCUCGCUUAUGCCAAAUAACAUCAUUCCACUGGAGUCAAUCACAUACUGCAUGUGUUUGCAGGCAUGGAAAAAUGAUUCAGUUCGUGCGGAAAUCUGUCCCUUUGAAAAAAAUAAAACAGAAUUUAAAGCCAAUGUCCUGAGCAACAUGUCAGUGUCUUUAGCCCACAUCAAAACAAAUGAUGGUGAGCCGGUGCUAAGCUGGAAUUUAACAGCGCCCUGCAGGAUAAGAGCUGAAUCGUGGCCGUGUCAACUCGAAGCAGAUGGAAAAUGCACAGAAGUUACAGGAUUCAGACAGAAAUGCUGUAAUGAUUGGACAGAAAACAGCACAGUACUAUGGGCAUCCGGGAAAUUUGUGAAUAUCAGGUCUCAGAAUCACCAGCAGCUCUGCCUGAUGCUUAAAGUGGAUGGGAAGAUUGUGCGAUACUGUCAACACCCCUUGGAGAGACAGUACUGGAGCCUUCUUGUUCUUCUGCCGCUGAUCCUUCUCUGUCUGACUGCUUUUGGAGUACUUCUUCUGGUGAACAAACUCAAAUGGUCGCUUAGCGAAUGGGACAGAAGAUGUCAUUCUCAAGAUAUGAGGGGACAUGUGUUGUUGCUCCAUUCCUCUGACACAGACCCACAGUUGGUGUGUAAACUGGGCCAGUUGCUCUCUGAGCUGGGCUUCAGAGUAUUUCUCGACCUGUGGAACCAAACAGAUCUCGGUUCUUGUGGCCCGGCAGCAUGGCUCCACUCUAAGCUCGAUCACAUCCAGAAACAUGGAGGGAAAGCCCUUCUGGUGCUUUCUCCAUCAACACUGCAGAGAGCUGAGUUGUACUGGAAAAUUGCGGUGGAAAGACAAAGGAAUCCUGCCACAUACUCCUCAGAUAUGCUGGCUUCGGCAUUGGGCUGCAUUUUUGCUGACCGUCAGAAGGGUUGUGCUGCUCAGCGCUUCGUCGUUGUGCAGUUAGACUUUGAGGAACUUCCCAUCAAUGAGGAGCAUGACAUGCCGAAGCUGUUGAAGGGCCUGCUGCUUUAUAAACUGCCCUCACAGUCUCAGGGAUUACUUAUGGAACUGUGUUUGGAGAACCCGACUAAUGUGAGCGGGAAGUUGAAGAAGAUGUGGUGGAUGAGAAAGGCACAGAGGAAGUUGGCCCAAGGAGUGCAGAACAUUUUGUCGAGGGUGAGGACUGAUUCCAUGCUCACUCAAUCUGAUUUACUCAGCCUAGACAUGGAAGACACGGAGGAAAUAGUUUUUCUCAAAAAAUGAACAGCAUUGAUGUGUCAUUUACUCCCUCAUCACACUACAACACUGUUUAGAUUGUCAGUCACAAUCUGUCACUAUGGACAGAUUACAUGAACAAUAAAAACUGGUAAAAAGGUAAAACUGUCCAAAAAACAUGGUGUUGCCAUGUUUUUAUAAGAAUGCUUGGAAAUGCCAAGGAAGUUUAGAUAUGUGCCAUCACAUCAUGAAGUACCUUGGAGUACUAUGUGAAUCUGGUGUAUUAUAGACAUUAUUUUUACAGUACCUGGCCAUAAUCUCCUGGGAUUUCUUAAGAAGGAAAUCUGCAUGUAGGAAAUUCCACAGUACAGACGCUACAGGAAGUAAAGUUGAAAACACUAAAUAUGCAAAUUCCCAAAAUAAUUAUAUUCAUACUAUGUAUAGAAAUAAAUAUGCAUUUACUCCUAUAUUUUCACCGGUAUUACCUCUAUCUUACUGUUUUCUUAAAGCUUUUAAGGGAUGGAAAUAAUGGCUUUUGGCUAAUAUCUAUACACAAAUAUGUAAAUAUGGCUAUACAAAUAUUUUAUAUAUGUAUAUAUGACUGUAAUAUAUUUUUUUAAACUGAAAGUUUGAAAUAUAUGGUACAUUUGAAAUGCUCUGGUUGUAUUCAAAUACAGUUUUACACUUA